UUCGUACGUGCAUGUCAUCAUGACUCGACUACGUGUACGUGAUAUGUGCAUAACAUCAGCGUUGUUCCUGUACUCCGAUCUGAUCCUCAUACUUUUUACUUGUUGUACAGUGUCGUCACAGUGCAUGCAGUCCAUGCUAACGCUAUGCGCGCUUGAUCACUGAUUAUACGCACGUACGUACGUAGAGACUGCUGCGACACCGUUAGCAUAAUGGCGACCGGGCAAGAGAAGCACAACUUGAAACCUGGUACAAUGGUGGCGGUAGAAGUUGAACAAGCGGUUAACAAUGUGCUCAUGGUUUGCUUCAGAAGUGGGGGAAAGAUAUAUCGCGGAGCUUUGAUCGAUACUCAGAUUGGAUGUCCUCUUGGCAUCAGUAGUCCUGUUUCACUCUGCGAGCGUUUGAAGAAUAACUUUGAUGAAGUAUCUCAGUCAGAAAGAGCUACAACAGUAGUUGUUAUGCCACAGGAAAAUGGGCCUGGGGAAGUUGGCAAGGUUGAACAUUCAGCGCUCAGUUACAGACAGUCAUAUUUUCAAGAUAUGCCACUUCCCUCUCCAAGACCGCUGCUCAUGAAUAAAACUGCAAACUUCAAAGAAAAGAAGAUGUCUAACACCAGUGUGCGUACUCGACCAAUCCGCCUGAGACCAAGACGUCCACUUUGCAGUAAAUGCCGAUCACAAUGUAGCAACAGUGCUGCUGCAUCUGGUUCACACACCUCAGGGAAAAAAACAGACAAGCUGCCUUUGAUCAGAAAACAUAAAAAGGAAGAUGCCUCUACUAAAUACGUGGGAAACAAAAAGUCAAAAACCUGUAGCGCAGAUGUGACUGGGGUACGAAAGACAAGCCCAGUAAUUAAGAUAUCAUAUGCAAGUCCACAGGGUAAGGGCCAUGUGGUAAGGAUACCAGCCAAAACGCAUUCUGCUACCUACAGAAACAGUACUGAAUCCAACCGAACUAGUAAACUGAAGCAAACUGAACAGCUCAAAUCACAGAAAAUAUUGAAGAAGGCUAGAACUCCACCAAAGAGGAAGUCAAGCAAACCAGUCAAACCAGUGCUUAAUGGGUUUCUUCAUAGCAGUGACACUAAAUCAUAUCACGAGGAGCAUAGACGUAUUCGUAUCAUCAAAUCGGAAGGUACAUACUACAGUACAGCACCUAAUCAUUGUGGCGAUGUAAAGAGUUAUUCAAGGAGUCAACUCAUGGAUCAAUCCCAAAGCAUGGCAUCUUCAGGAAACACGACAGUAGGCAGUCUCCACUGUGUGUCAAGGUGUCAAGGUGUCAGGGAAUCCAAUGCAAAAAGCACUAACAAACAAGAUGAUAAUAUGCUUGGCAUAGACAGUGCACAUGCAUGCAGUACAUCAAGGGAAUACCACAAUCACAGAAAAGACAAAUGUGGCCCAGACGAUAUUGUUGUUGGCUCCAGUGUUGAGGGCAUUAUGGAUGUGUGUAUGGAAACUGAAGAAAGCAACAUCAUCUCUGUUGUACAUGCAAAGGACCAUGUACCACCCUUAAAAGUGCAGGUACAUAAGAAAAAUGUGACCAAAAGCCGCUUACAAGAUGGCCGGGAAAUGUGUAUUGGUGACAUAGUAUGGGGCAAGAUUACAGGAUUUCCAUGGUGGCCAGGUCGUAUUGUUGAGAUAGUUGUAAGUAGACAUGAAGAUGGUACCUUGAUUAGUCAGUUGGCACAGAUUACAUGGUUUGCUUCAACAACAAUAUCACAUAUGCCUUUGACUGAGUUAUACCCAUUUCUUCCUUAUUUCACUGAGCGCUAUAAUCGUAAGAAGAAGGGAAUUUACAGAGAUGCUGUUAGACAGGCCACUGAGGCAGCAACUACUCUGUCUGCAGAAGUUCGUGCACUCAAUACAAUGUUUGAAACAUCAACAUUACAGCCAUAGCUUCUGAAUGUGUGAGAAAGGCCAAAUUCCAAAAGGGUAAAAAAUGACUUUUACUUUGUAACCUGAUAAUAAUUGUGCUUAAAUUGGAGUAUUUUCAUUUUUAAUUUAAGGAUUAGGCAGCAAGCAAAGUAUUGUUUGCGUGUUCACACGUUGUAUCUAACAGUUAAACUCAAGAAUGACUAAAGAUUAUAAGGUUGUGUUUAGCAGUGUUAUCUUCAAGCAAACUUGAAUCCUUGAUCCCGGUUAAUCCAUGGCAACAACGGUGUGAUACUACAAUCCCGGCCAAAAUGGUUGGGACACGUCACAUUAAGCAUACCCUCCACCAGUCCCCUGGUCCACACCCUCCCUCUCCACAUCCAAUCCAGGGUACAUACAUUCAGACAAUCCCGGCUAAAAUGGUUGGGACACGUCCACACAAUGAACAUACCCUCCUCCGGUACCCCGCUCCCUUGGUCAAUGUUGUCAUCUUGCGCUUGAGCACAGACCACGCAAUGAGAGACAACAUUGGUUGGGGGCCGGUGGUGGGGGCCCAGCGAGUUUCGGCCGGGACUGUAACAUAUCGCCCUAUUCUAAGAUGUGCAUGCUAUUCCUAUGCACGCACAUGUAAUUGUAUAACCAUUGAAAUGUUUGUACAGCUUGUUCCAUUUUUACUGUGCGUCAAGUUUGCUUGAAGAUAAACUUGUUAUUCCACAUGCGCUUGUGGAACACGGAAAAAGAAGUGCACCUGGGUUCCGUAUUCCACUCGGCC